AUGGAAGACCCUCCGCCCCCCACCAAUUCUGCCCCGCUUCCCUCAUCCAAUGCAGAAAGAGAUCGCGACACCCUGUCCCAGACUCCACCCCCAAACGGCCCGCAACCAGCCAGCAGCAACGUUCCAUCCUCUAGCACACCUGGCAUUCAGCAGCCCACUACGGACAUCACUAGCACCAAGCAACCACCCGAACACAACAGUGAACAAUCCGGGCCCAAUGUUCCCCUUCACCGCGAGUGUCCACCCGCCUUCACCGGGGCUAUUGAUCCCACCACCUCAUCCGCGACUCAAGAAACGGCAUCGGCCCCCGCAGGCACCAAUGCUCCACCACGCUCACCUCACUCCAAUCAUGACCCAGCUGCACCAACACACCACACAUCUAGCCAACAUCAUACAACCGGACCAGCUCUCCUGUUCCCCCCAACUCUCCAGACUCCUCCUCGCACUGCUGCUCCGAAGCCCCCAUCUCCCCAAUCCCUCUAA